GCCCUGUGGCUUGUGUGUGAGCGCUGCGCAGUCAAGUCUAUGAAUGCGACAACUUAUCUGUGCCUAAUCAGUAUCUGUAAUAAUAAAAUCCAGUAUUUCUGUUGUGAGAAUGUGAGAUCUUCGCGCGGGUUCUCUUAUUAACUAAUUUGUUCGAUGACUGGUCACUUUUCAGUGGGAUAGUGUGCGUUGUGCAGCAGCAAAGCCCACGAAAUGCUCAAAUCGCCAUGUUCAUCGGCGACCUCGCAGUUUGCAGAGGACCUUUUUCGCUUCUUGGGAGCUAAUGGGCAAAAGGCUCCAAAUGUGCCCCAGUUCAACGGAAAGCCUGUAAAUUUGCUUUUAUUAUACCAGACUGUGAUAUCGCGCGGCGGAUGGCAGCGGGUGUGCCAUCAGAAUGGAUGGGAAUCGGUGGCAUAUGCUCUGGGGAUGCCAAAGCCAUGUGCCAAUGCUGGGCAUGCCGUCAAGUCCUUGUAUUAUCAAUAUCUGCUGAAAUAUGAAUGCUCCCAGUUCAAUCGCACGCCCGUCGAAGACGAUGACGACGACGCACUGAAGCGCUUUAGCAUCAAUGGUCCUGGAUACUCCAGAUUGCCAGAAUAUCUUCGUGUGGCUUGUGGCUUACCGAAUGACGCGAAAGAAGAAGAUCCUUUCGAAAAGUUGACCCUUUCCUUGUCUUCUGGUCUUCCGAAUGAGAUCGAUUUCUCCAUAAACGCCUUGCUGGUCAGGUCCUCUGACGCCGUUCGCCCACUCAUGCUUCGAAAUAGCCAUUCGGUGCUCUUGGAUGCGUUAUUAUCCUCCGUUGCCGUAUUUUCCGCAGACUGUGGUAAUUUCGUGGGGAUCUACAAUUCCUUUAUAAAACAAACUGACAAAGAUUUCCUACGGUAUUGGAAGGAAACUAUAAAUGACGAGGAAAUUUUGCAUCUGCUAGAUGUUGAUAAACGAUAUGAACAACCUUAUACUACCUCUGAUCUGCCAGUUUGUGAUUUGUUCUGUGAAACUACAUCCACAGAUGUAAACGAAACCAGAGUGACACAGAUCGCCACUAUUUUACACAAUUUGACCUGCGAAGACGCAAAUGCUACCUUCCUAACCAGUCAUGAAUCAUGCCUCAAGUUUGUUUUUCUGUGUGCAAGUAGCAGAAGAAGCUCCGUUUAUGAUCUGGGUCUUGAAAUGCUGGUCCAGCUCGUUUCGAAGAUUGAUAUCAGGAACUGUUGCCCAUGGAUUCAAGAUGCCAUUAUAAAAACCGUGGCGAAAUGUAUUGGAAAUCAGGAUCGCCUGGGAGUUUUGCAGGGGUUAACCUUGCUGGCCAAGAUCGGUGACAUGGAAGCUAGUCAUGAAGCAGUAACCGAUUCCCUCGAUGAUGGACAUUACACAUCGCUUUCGCAGUAUUUAUGCGUGUCCGAUACAUCGAUCAUCAUCUUCAGUCUGGAAGUCCUGUAUAAAUUAUCCGGAUUAGGAGAUCAACAGUCGACUCGUAUCGCCGAACAGCCCAGAACUAUCGAAUUACUUGUGCGAUUGGUUACUGUUACUGCGGAAAUUGCCGAAACGAAUUGGCAAGAGUGUGAUCUUGAUUUGGACCCGAAUUAUUCCUUGAGAACUACUCCAGCUUUGCCUGUAUCCCAGCCAGCUUCUGUGAUUACCCCAGCUUUCAGUGUUCCCGCGAUUUCUCAAGAGGAAACCGACGCGACGGUUGACUGGUUCCGAAGGUUAUACGAUGGAGAUGAUUCAUUUGCUAUGGCCAUGUCGGAUGUGUACAAAGAUUAUGUUGUGUUUUGUCUUCAUGAAAUGAAGAUAACUCCCGCGGUUACCACAUUCAUCCAUUGCUUCCGAUUGGCGUUCCCCCAGGGAAGAACGACAAACCUAACAAUCGCUGGGAAACCACAGCUCUGCUUUUUGGGGAUGAAAAGACGUACCGGAGACAAUACCUCCGUAAAGAAUACCGAACAUUCCAGUGUAACUGCCAUCUCAGACAAUUCGGCAGGAUCAUAUUCCGGAUCUCAAACCACUCUUGCCACGCCAGGGCGAACGAUCUCAGUGGAUGCAUCUCUUUUGAUUCCCAAUCAAGCUGCCUUUCCUGUUAACGCGCCACCACCGUUAGGUGGUUUUCGAGCCUUUCAUACGACGCCUGUAAGCAACGGUCAGCAGUCCAAGGUUGGCGAAAGCAGUUUGAUCCGGAGUCUGCUCGCAACGAAAAUCAAUCGAAAGCAUAGUAGCGGUUCUAUGGAUGGCACUCCUGAGAAUGGCAGUAACCAUUUACCUCUUGGAACUUGGAGAUCUUCUGAAGAGUUAAAUUCGAUUGUCGCAAACAGAGGAGAUGGAGAAUCCGUUUUAGAAAACGUAUUCUCGGAUGCUGAUAGCAUUAGUUCCUGCGCAUCGAAUCAGAAACCCACUUCCGGUUCCAUAAGCUCUCAGACUUCUGUUCCUGAACAACAACAGCCGAAGAAGCCGCCAAGACGACGGAAAAAGGCUGAAGCAGUCAUUGACGGACCACUGCCGAUGCCUAACCACACUUUGCCUACUAACGGGCUUGUAAAUGGUGUUUCGCACGCGUUCUCAGAUGAUUCGCGUUCCGGCACGAGCACACCCUUAGUGGUGGUUCCUUAUGUUCUUCCCGACUCUCCUAAGCGUCCAAAAAAGCCCAGAAAUAAGGCUAAACUGAAUGGAUUAGUCGAUCUGCCAUCUCUUUCUUCGGAACUGCCCGUCAAUGGCCAUAAUGGCGGCUUAACUAUAUCCGACCCGUCAACUCCUGAAAACCUACCAAAGCCGGUACGGAAGCCAAGAAAACCUCGAGCUAAAAAACAGAAGACAGAAGAAGGCCCGGUGAAUGGUCAUAUAGAAGCGCCUCUGGAAGCAACGGAAACCUCUACGGAACCACCUGCCAAAAAGGCAAGAAAGGCAGCUACUAGACGACCCCGAAAAGCCAAGGCGGAGACUGCCGUUGCAGCAGUCGCUGCUAACGCGGCAAGCGACAGUCAAGCGCAACUGAGGAAUCUCGAUCUUGAAGGGCCUUUGGAUUAUCUGUGUGAAUGGGAAGGAUGCUCAAGGUCGUUUUUCAACGCGGCAUUGGUGUUCAAACACAAUUUCUCGGACCAUAUUCCUUCGGCACUUGAUGGAAUGUGCCGGUGGCCGCACUGUAAUGGAGUGAAAAGACAACAUUUAUCGUUAAUUACACAUCUAAACGAAACACACUGCUCUACAAUGGAACUGGUGCGACAAGCCAUGAGACGAAGAGAUCGCCAACGGAACGGAGUUUCCAGUAUCCCUCCUCCAACGCCUAUUCCUCCUCCGGUGGCCUAUUCGGAGCAUGCAGCAUUACAUUCCAUCCAAGCGCGAUACGGAAGCGCAGUCUUGUCCGACUUUGCUGCAGAAGCGGAAUCAUCCAAUACCAAGACGACACGGCUAACAGCAGCUUUGGUCCUUCGUAACAUUGCACAUUAUUCACAUGUUGGAAGGAUAAAACUGCAUCGAUAUGAACACGUCCUGACAACAUCCGCCAUGCAGCUAUCGGAAGCAUCCCAAGUUGUUGCGGAAUGUUUGUACUUUCUAGCAGUGCAUAAGCAGUCCGAUGAGGUCUGAAGACCAGCAAUGGGAACAAUUGUGAUGUCCAAAGAUAACUGCAUUUUGCUUCAAACAGCGGUUUUAACCUAAUUUUACGCGAUGUUCAGCAUCUUGGAGGAAUCUUACUGGUUGCUAACUUAGUUACGGACCUUUGUCCACUGUUGUUGUUAUUGUUAUUUGUGUUAUUUUUUCUUGCGUCGUCGUGCUUUCGUUUAACCAGUGCUGCAGUAAGUUAAUUGAAAUGAAGUGGUUUUCCACAGUUUUUUAUUGGAUUUUAACCGCUUUUAAAGCAAAUUUUUUAUCCUGAUUUUAAUAAUUUUUCCAUCCUGGUUGGUUUGUUAUCCUUUUGAACCGGAAGCUCCUUUUUAAGAGUAUUGGAAAUUAAAUCUCAGCGAAG